AUGGGCAACAACAUUUCGUACCAGCAAACGCCGGUUGAGCUGAGCUUAGGGGACAAGGGCAAGAUCCGCGGCCUUCAGUUCGACGAUAAGUCCCGCCGAUUCACGGGCGUUCCUUAUGCGCUUCCUCCGACCGGCGAGCACAGAUGGCGUAAACCGCGACCACUGCCGACUUCAUAUUCGUACAGCGACGGCGGAGACUGCGCAUACGAUGCGACGAAGUUCAAGGCCGUGUGCCCUCAGAAGGCCUUCCACGUCGUAAAACCUGACGGCCAAGGCGCUACUCACAGCGAAGACUGCCUGUUUGUCAACAUCUGGACUCCAGUGCGCAAGGAUGGGGAGGAGGACAAGAAGUGGCCGGUGAAGCUUUGGAUCCAUGGCGGCUGGUUUCAGAUGGGAGACGCGUCCCAGGAGCCUGGCAUGGAUGCGACCGAGCUCAUCACGACGGGCGGGCUCAACGCAAUUGUCGUAGCCAUUGGAUACCGACUUAAUGUCUUCGGCUUCCUGGCUGGCGAGGAUCUUCUCCGAGAAAGCGGCGGCGAGGCGGGCGGCAACUUUGGCCUGUGGGAUCAGCGGGUCGCGGCCGAGUGGGUGCGGGACAAUAUCGCGUACUUUGGCGGUGACCCCGACAACAUCACCCUCGCCGGCCGCAGCGCUGGUGCAUACAGUGCCGAGGCGCAGAUGCUUUAUGACUUCCGCAAGCCAGGGAACAAGUCCUCGCUUUACCGCCAGAUUUUUAUGGACUCCAACGCGAUCCCUGCGCAACCCAAGUCCUUGGCAGAUGUUCAAGGGCAGUUCGACGAGCUCUGCGAAUACUUCAAGAUUGAAAAGAGCCUAUCAGGAUCUGAAAAGCUCUCAGCUUUGCGCGACAUCAGCUGGGAAGAUCUUAUCAAGGCAAUCCCCCAUUUGAAGAACCACACCUUCCGGCCCGUUACGGACGAUACUUUUGUGCAUUCGGGGAUGAUCGAAUACCUGCAAAGCAAGGAGUUUGCCGACGAGUUCAAGGCCAGAGGAUACAAGAUCUUGAUUGGCGAAGUGCGAAACGAAGAAACAUUGUACUCUUCAUACAACGCCCCGACCGAGCCGACGUUAGACGCCCUCAGGCUGCAGGUAUCGAACUACUAUGCCCCUGAUGUUACUGAUCGAGCCAUCCAGCAAUACAAGUUACCGGAGUCGGACAAGCUGGAAGAUUGGCAAAGGACUUUUGGAAAUAUUGUGUCUGAUGGCCAAGUGCGCGCUCCGUCUCGAGCUCUGGCCAAAGCAUUAGUCGAUAACGGCGUCAAUCUACAAGAUGUCUGGCGAUACCACAUCGCAUAUCGUUUGUCUUUCAUCGAUGAGAAGGUGGCACCAGCAUCGUUUGGUGUCGCACAUGCGAUGGACAGGCCGAUUUGGAACUUUGCCAUCUGUCACGGGCCAACGCCUGCUGAAAGGCAGCUGAUGGAGGAUUGGAUCGGCAUAUUGGUUGCCUUCGUCAACGAUGACAAGAGCUAUGAGUUCGGCACCACCUCAGUUGAUCAGAUGAAGGUUAUGACUCCAGAGGGAAAGAUUGAGGUUCAGCCAGACGGAAGAUGGGAGGAGCUGGUGAAGCUAGGAAACAUCUUUGCAGGCAACUAG